AUGGCGGGGCGGCGGGCCGGGGCCGGGGCCGGGGCCGGGGCGCUGCUGGCGCUGCUGGCGCUCCGGGCCGCCGCGCACCCGCAGUGCCUGGACUUCAGGCCGCCCUUCCGGCCGCCGCAGCCGCUGCGCUUCUGCGCGCAGUACUCGGCCUUCGGCUGCUGCGCGCCCGAGCGGGACGCGGCGCUGGCCCGCCGCUUCGGGGCCCUGGCGGCCCGCGUGGACGCCGCCGUGUGGGCCGCGUGCGCCGGCUACGCGCUCGACCUGCUGUGCCAGGAAUGCUCGCCCUACGCAGCCCACCUCUACGACGCCGAGGACCCGACCACGCCCCUGCGGACGGUGCCUGGGCUCUGCGAGGACUACUGCUUGGACAUGUGGCCGACAUGCCGGGGCCUGUUCCGCCACCUCUCUCCCGACCGUGAGCUCUGGGCUCUGGAGGGUAACCGUGCCAAGUUCUGCCGCUACCUGUCCCUGGACGACAAGGACUACUGCUUCCCACACCUGCUGGUCAACGAGAACCUCAACUUGAACCUGGGCCGCGUGGUGGCCGACACCAAGGGCUGCCUGCAGCUGUGCCUGGAGGAGGUGGCCAAUGGGCUGCGCAACCCCGUGGCCAUGGUCCAUGCCCGGGACGGCACCCACCGCUUCUUCGUGGCUGAGCAGGUGGGGCUGGUGUGGGCCUACCUGCCCGACCGCUCGCGGCUAGACAAGCCCUUCCUGAACAUCAGCCGGGCAGUGCUCACCUCACCCUGGGAGGGCGAUGAGCGCGGCUUCCUGGGCAUCGCCUUCCACCCCAGCUUCCGGCACAACCGCAAGCUCUACGUCUACUACUCGGUGGGGGUCAGCUUCGAUGAGUGGAUCCGCAUCAGCGAGUUCAGGGUCUCUGAGGAUGAUGACAAUGCCGUGGACCAUGGCUCUGAGAGGAUAAUCUUGGAGAUCGAAGAACCAGCCUCGAACCACAAUGGGGGCCAGCUGCUCUUUGGGGACGAUGGGUACCUCUACAUCUUUACCGGAGAUGGCGGGAUGGCCGGAGACCCCUUUGGAAAGUUUGGAAAUGCCCAAAACAAGUCGGCGCUGCUGGGCAAGGUGCUGCGCAUCGACGUGGAGCGCAACGAGCGCGGCCCGCUCUACCGCGUCCCGCCCGACAACCCGUUCGUGGGCGACCCCGCCGCGCGGCCCGAGGUCUACGCGCUGGGCGUGCGCAACAUGUGGCGCUGCUCCUUCGACCGCGGCGACCCGACGUCGGGCGUGGGCCGCGGGCGGCUCUUCUGCGGCGACGUGGGCCAGAACAAGUUCGAGGAGGUGGACCUGGUGGAGCGCGGCCGCAACUACGGCUGGCGCGCCCGCGAGGGCUUCGAGUGCUACGACCGCAAGCUGUGCGCCAACGCCUCCCUCGACGACGUGCUGCCGAUUUUCGCCUACCCACACAAGAUGGGCAAGUCAGUCACGGGGGGCUACGUGUACCGCGGCUGCGAGUACCCCAACCUGAACGGCCUCUACAUUUUCGGCGAUUUCAUGAGCGGACGUCUGAUGUCCCUCCGAGAGAACCCGGGGACAGGCCAGUGGCAGUACAGUGAGAUCUGCAUGGGCCAGGGCCAGACCUGUGAGUUCCCAGGCCUCAUCAACAACUACUACCCACACAUCAUCUCCUUCGGAGAGGAUGAAGCCGGGGAGCUGUACUUCAUGUCAACGGGCGUGCCAAGUGCCACAACUGCACAUGGGGUCGUCUACAAAGUGAUCGACCCCUCCAGACGGGCACCACCCGGCAAGUGUCAGAUCCACCCUGCCCAGGUGAAGGUGAGGAGCCGCCUCGUCCACUUUGUGCCCAAAGAAAAGUUCAUCCGUAGGACGGAGAGCACCCCGCGGCCCCCAGCGCGGCCCACAACGCGCGCACCCACCAAGGCGCCCCGCCGCAGCCGCCCCACGCCCUCUCCGCCUGUGCCCACCCCGCGGCCAGCCCGGCCCACCCAGAGGCCAGGGGGCCGGAGGGGCGGCGGGCGGCGGCGGGGGCGCCCGAGCUCUGCGGGCCCGGCGCCCUCGAACGGCGCGGUGCGCCUGGUGCGGCCCGCAGGCCAGGGCCCGGGCCGCGGGCGCGUGGAGGUGUUCGUGGGCGGACGCUGGGGCACCGUGUGCGACGACGCCUGGGACAUCAAGGCCGCCGCCGUCGUGUGUCGCCAGCUGGGCUUUGCGUACGCGGUGCGCGCCACCAAACGCUCCGAGUUCGGGGAGGGCCGCGCGCUGCCCAUCCUGCUGGACGACGUGCGCUGCGCGGGCGACGAGCGCAGCCUGCUGGAGUGCACACACGCCGGCGUGGGCUCGCACAACUGCGACCACCAGGAGGACGCCGGCGUCGUGUGCAGCCACGAAGACCCCGACCUGUAGGCAAGCAUCGGCUGCCCGGCCAGGCCAUCCUGCCUCCCGCCGGCCCUGUGUGCGCCUGGUGCGUGCACACUAGUCCAAGGGUGGCGGGAGCGGUGAGUGUGUCCUCGACGUGGCUCCUCCGUCUAGGCUGUCCUGUGGACGGUGUGCGGUGUGUCCCUGCUGUGUGUGUUGGGGCCGGUGUGGUCCGUGGGCAAGAGGUGUUCUUUUCUUACCUCCAUGCAUUCCAGACAGCAGCAGGAGCACAAUCUGGCCAGGGAACGCUGAGGACUGAGGGCAGCCACCCUUCAAGGGUAGACAUGGCCCCUGGCUGUGUUAAGAGAGGCACAGCUGGCAGACUGAGCCACCCGCGCUGGCUGCCCACAGCUGGGAUGGGAGGUGCCAGACGUGCUGGAGCAUGGCUUGAGGAACAUGGCCCUGCAGUCAGAGGCCCUGGAGAGAACAGGAAGAUAUCCAGGGGGGCGAAGGGAAGUUGGUCAGACCAAUGUGUCCAGGGUGACUUGUGGGCCUUGACUGUCCAAGCGAGGGUCAGGCUGCCUGGGAGGAAGCGAGGACCGGUUGGGGGGGCUGGCAGGGGGGCUAGAUGACCUUUGAGGAUGCGUGCUAGGGAAGCCUCCUGGGCAUCUUGGACCUCAUCAUCGUGCCUGGCCUUUGUGGGUUCUCUGGGGAGGAUGCUGGGUCACCUCCAACCCUGAGGCCUCUCUCCCGCUCCCAAGACAGAAGCCACCCGCACUGGCCGGGCAGUUUCUACCUGGCCACUCCGAGCACCCGGACCCCCAGUGAGUGGGUGGGCCCUUUCUGCUUUCAAGCUGUGUCAGAACCACUGGGGUCACCCCUGUCCCACCCCUGCUCAGUGAAAUCCCAGGGCACCCUCUGAUUCCUCCAGCCCCACCUAGGGAACAACCAGGCUGUGGGUCCAGUGAGACUACUGACCCUUUGUCACCCAGGGCUGUGCCAACAAUGUGCCUGUUUACAAACCAC